UAAUGAUAAUAAUAUCGCCCCCGUUUUUGCCGAGCGGCGUGUUUCCGUCCGCGACAAAGGAAAGAGAAUCCGCGCGACGAAAAAGGAAAAAAAAAACGACGUCUCUCGAGGCAGAGCUCCGGAGCAGACGGAAAAAGAGAGAAAAAGAAAACACCCGUCCACAAGGAGAGAGAGAGAGAGAGAGAGAGAGAGAGAGAGAGUCGCUCUCAUCCGAACUCGGAGAGCGGACAGCUGUCCUCGUUUAUUCUUACGCGUUUUACGUACGAGUACGAAGUACGAGUUCUGUACGAGCUGGUACGAGCGGAAACGCGUUUUUCCGAAGUGUUUUCUCCGAGUGGGCCACACCGCUGGCCUAGCUUCGCCAGGAAGAAGAGGCAAGGAGAAAAUCGAACAAACACCACGUGAGUUUAUCAUCACCGAAGUGGCGGCCGAAGAAAAUUCCGACAUGAGGGGGUCUAAAAGAGACUGGAUAUUUAGAGUCCAGGUACCUAACUUGGAGAAAAAUGAAGGGGUUUAUGUUGUUGGAAAUUUACCUGAGUUGGGUGCUUGGAAUCAUAACCAAGCCAUUCUAAUGACACAGGAAAAUAAUAGUCGGCGAGAGUCUCCUAUACUGUUAGACAAUAACAGUAGUGGUGAUUUCUAUAGUGAAGAUGGAGAGAAUGCAGCUGAUGGUAUAUUUGAAGAAGACGGGCGAAUAUUCUCGCAAAAGGUUGCUCUUCCCAUUGAUGCAAAUAUCGAGUUUCGAUAUUUUAUAGCUGUCAUCUGCCAAUCAAACGGCACUAAAAAUUCGGCCAAAACUCUGAUUAUUCGCAGAUGGGAAACUCAUAUGACACCACGAUUAAUUAAGAAAAAUACACCAAGCAAUUUUGACAAUGAUACAUUGCCAGAUCCUGAUAAAUUUGGCUAUCAUAAUAAUUAUUGCAAAAUCGAACGAGGUUGGCUGACAGAUGAAACUGUGAUACAAUUUAAACUUUUUAAUAAUCCCAUUAAACUGUGGAAAAAUCGGCUACAAAACAAAAAAGUUCAUAUUAAGAUGACACCUGUAAAUCUAGUUAGACAUAAUUCUUUAGAACUGCAACAGUUUGGAGGCGACUGUAUAGAUGAUAGUCUUUCUAUGGAUACACAGGAUAUUGUUGAUCAACCCACUUUUACCAGUAUUACAGAAAUUGCUGUGAUGGAUGACGAGGAGGCUAGAUUCACGUUCCAGGAGCAAUUCGGCCGCUGUUACAAUGAAGACGAAUUUUUAAUCUUCAAUGUUGCCGUUCGGUAUCCUGAAACAAUUGGGUACUUAGUGGACUACUACGUGUACAGCUCAAGGUGUUUCCCAGGAGAACCACCAAAUCACAUUGGUUUCAGCUACAUUUUGCCAGGCGCUUUACAACCUAGCGUCGGACUUCUGACCGUACCAAUUACUAGUACAAAACAUAGACCUAUUGGCCAAUUAACAGUGGAGUACGUUCUCAUAAAACCAAUACCAGAUCAUCCAUGGGACAUGAGCAUUUCAUACGCGAAGCAUUGGGAACAGCGUUGGUCAGGUUUAGAUGUAGGACACAGAGGACUUGGUACAUCUUUCAAAUUUGAAACGAAGAACUGUGCUAACGUGCGCGAGAACACAAUUGCAUCUUUGAAGACUGCGUCAUAUCACGGUGCCGAUAUGGUCGAAUUCGAUGUUCAACUAUCGAAGGACCUUAUACCUGUGAUCUACCACGACUUUUAUGUAUCCAUCUCGAUGAAGCGUAAGAAGCAGAUAGAGGCUAUGGAUAUGCUGGAAAUACCUGUUAAGGAUCUUACUUUAGAGCAGCUUCAUCUACUCAAGGAUUAUAAUUACCCGAAGGAUUCGUUGGGUAAGGUGCUCUAUUACGUUGAUAAAGCUGAACAGGGUAACAGAUUGGUUUAUCACGUGGCCGAAGGCCGUGAAAAGAAUCCAAGAUUCUUUGAUGAAGAUUUGGAAGAUCAUCAGCCCUUCCCUACGCUGCAAACUGUGCUGCAAGAACUCGAGCAACACGUUGGGUGUAAUAUCGAAAUUAAAUGGACGAUGCAAUUGAAGGACGGCACAUUCGAACUCAAUCAUCCCUUCGAUCUCAAUAUGUAUCUAGAUAUUAUUUUGAAAGUGGUAUUAGAAUACGGGGGUGACCGAAAAAUCGUGUUUUCUUCGUUCAAUCCUGAUAUCUGCGCGAUGAUUCGUCUCAAACAAAACAAGUAUCCAGUAGUAUUUUUAACGCAAGGCGUCACAUCAAAGUAUCCCACUUAUCACGACCCAAGAUGCCAAACGGUACCAAUGGCCAUGAGACACGCAUUAGCCGCGGAUAUCCUAGGAAUUAACGUCCAUACCGAAGAUAUUCUUCGGGAUCCAUCUCAAGUUAAAUUAGUCAAGGACGCGGGAUUGAUUAUUUUCUGCUGGGGCGACGACAACAAUGAUAAAGAAACUAUCCAAUAUCUGAAGAAACUCGGCUUACAUGCGGUCAUAUACGAUAAAAUCGAUGAAUAUAAUGCGAAAGAAGUGAAAGAGAGUAUAUUCUUAGUGGACGCUAGAGAAAGCCGCCAAACAGAGCUGAUAGCCUUAGCACAUAGCAGCCAAACACCGCAAACACAAAUCUCUACUCCCCUUAACACAGAAAAGGAUUAUUACUUGAAUCGACCGUCAACGACCACGUCAUUCUCAAAGAACAAUAUUGGCGGCGAUAGUAUAUAUUCCGUACCAAACAUGAAAUUGCCGUCUGACUGCGAGGAGAGCAUAGAGAUUAAAGAGAUAACCAAGGAUUUCAGUGCCUGCGCGAACACUUUCGGUCAUUCGGUGAAAACAAACGGCGUCUCCGGUGUACAACCAAAUCCUUUACCUGAGCUUUAUGGGGAAGAUGAGACAGCAAAGGAUUGCCUUUGAUGCUUUUCUUUCAAAAAACUUUCUUUCUCAUGGUUUUGAUGGAAAAGUGACACUAAGAGGGAUCCUACGCUAUGUGACGACAAAGGGAUAACUUUUUUAUAAUUUAUGUUACACUGUAGUUGAUAGGCCGAGAUAUUACCGAGGAUUUGUCUGUACUUCUGAGAUCUGUAAUCUUCUAAUAUAGAUCGUCAUACAGAUUAUAUAUAAAUAAUUCGGAAUUUAAACAAUCAAUAAUAUUCUGAGAUUUGUCAAAAGAUUUAUUACAUUCGCAUUCAACAUUUAGCUUUAAAUAUAUGAUAACACAGCCUAUUGCAUGAAUUGUUUUGUAUAUUGAAAACAAAAUUCAGAUUGGCCAUGUUUUGCAAUAAGUGAAAGUUACAAAGAUUUCAGUAAAUCUUAUCUGCAGAUCACAGAAUAACAUUGAUUGUUAUUAUUUUAAAAUAUCGAUCGAUAUAAUACGCGAAGAAAAAUCAUCCGAUUCUUUUCACAUGUUUUCAAUCGGUCCAUUUUUUCGCGCAUUGUACGUGUGUCGGAAAAAGUAUGUAGCCGGAUACUUUUGAAAAAAUUAGGAAAUGGUCCUUAUUUGAGAAAAUUUGGAGAGAUCCUGAAUGUAUUGUUCAAUUAGUGAAUAAUUCUAGUCACAUGUAUUUGCACUUUUUUUUAACUAUUUAUCUAUAUCCAUAAUUUUAAUCUUAAAUAUCUAAAAGUUUAAAAAUUUGAAGUUAAUUCAAGCUUGGAAAAAUCUAGACAAAAAUUUAAAUGUUCUAGUUUCUAUAUGUCUAUAAAACUGAAAUAUUUAAAAAUUUUAGGCAUAUAAAGAUGAAUCUACAGAUCACAAUCUAAUUCGUUGAUCUAAUGAGCUGAAUCCCUAUAAAGUAGAAAUGUAGGAAUCUAAGAAUAUAGUUUUACUUAUAUUAGAAAAUUCAUUUUUUAAUUGCUAGAUUACAUAUUCUCAGUGCAAAAAAAAUUAAGUAAAUUGUUAAUUGAAAAAAGACUCUUGUUAAAUUAAUUGGAAAUCUAGUAGGUUCAACUAGAAUCUGAACCAUAAGGUCAAAUCUAGCAGAUUUCCAAUUAAUUCAACAAGACUUUUUCAGUUCCAUUAGCUACCGGCAUACAACUGUUCCCACGCACUCCACGUGCACCUUAGUAAUUUUUAACAAAGGACCUCAGUGUGCUAAUGUAUCCUAUACAGGAUGUAGAAAACGAUCUUAACUCCCGCAAGUUUGCUGAUGAGCCGGUGCGGGAGUUAUAUUUUUAGUACAAAUGUCUUCAGGUACAUAUUUUUAUUUAUAAUCAGAAAAAAAUAAUGUUCUCCUCCUUAUAUCUCUUCCGCUAUUCGAUUCGGAUGGUUAAAACACGCGCGAAUGGGGGAAAAAUAAAGAAAUUAAAAGAAAAGCGAAGAAAAAAAGCAAGAAUUUGCUCGUUACUCCGAGAGCAAAAAUUGCCAUUAGUUGAUACGAUUUUUUACGAGCUGUCGAACGAAAAAUCGCGCCGAAUGCGAGAGCGAAUGAUCGCGUCGCACCUCGAAUUUGCCUUUUCGACAGCUAUACCUCAAGCGUUUUAAUAAGAUCGUAAGCUAAACUAUUUUUCGUAGUCAUCUAGGAAAUAUUUCAUAUUCAUUUAUUUAUGUCAUCCAACACGUGACAAUUUUCGUAUGAUUAUUCGACCAGCGCGAGCGUAUGAUCAAGGAAAAUAAAGAAAAAAAAUGAUUAAAGGAAGACGCACACAUCUCGUUCUUUUUGUUUCCAUUUUGUUUCGUCACAUUUUCACAUGACGUAGUUUUGCUCAUUCUGAAUAGUUUUUAUGAUAACGCUGCAAAUAAUUUGCAGUCUCUUCGUAGUAGUGCACGUCCAACAGGCGGGCACCCGGUGUUCAAAGACCGACCAGUUUGCCUGAGAGACUCAUCAAAAAUACCUUUUUGACAGGGAGAGCUCCGGCGCGUGCGGUCGGUCUCCUCGUCUUAGUCUUAGCGUGCUAAGCGCGAUCAGAGGGGUGUCGAACGCGAGAAACAUCAUUCGCUUUCUAGUACAUAGUUUCACGAGCGCACCAUAUGUUCCUUCGAGAGAGAAAAAAAAUUAACCCUUCAACCGAUAGCUUUGUCCAUUCUUAGCUUAAUGGCAUUGGAACGAGCCGAGCUCGUCACACCGUCCGCUUCGACUUUUGAUAUCGCGAAACAACUCGUGUUUUUUCGUUCAAGACAGGCGGAUACGCUUCGCCAUGGAUAAAUGGAGUGCCAACACUUUGCGCACGAUGCUCUUGUCACAACAGAACGUUAGGUUGGGCAGGCUUAUUUUGAAAAAUACUCGCGUCACAAUGAUUUAAAAGAUUUGUCGUCUUUCGACUUUCAAAUUAAUAAGGAAAUUGAUAACAUGAAUUUAAAAAAUUACAAGAUUACAAAAUCCAACAAAUUAUUGGUUAGUGAAAUUGGUUUCUCGUGUGGCGCAAUUAAAGAAAAUAAAAUCAACUAAAGGAUCUAGAUAAGAUAAAUACAAGCGAUAGCUUUGCGCCAAUUGAUCUCGCGAAUAAUAGGGAUACCUAUGUAUUAGGAAUACUAAUUAUUAUAUAUAAUAAUACUAUAUUAGCGUUGUCUCAUAGUGCGUCAGUACUAUUACAAUAAUUUUAUAAUAACAGCUAUUGUUAAAAAUUAUACAUUAUGAUAAAACUUAAUGCUACUAUAUUAUUAUAAUGGUAGUAUCGAAACAAGUUACAGACCGAAACUCAUGAGUUGACACUUCGCAGCGCAAAAGGUUGAUCUACCGGCUGAAGGGUUGAAGAAAAAUGGACGUGCAGCGGCACGCCGAGCGUCUUUGUAAAAUUUUUCACGGGAAGGUAAAAUUUUUAACGUGCGUACCGCAUUGUGGUAGCAAAAAAACAGGCUAACAGAGCGAUUGUAUCAAUCGUCGAGACUCUGGGCAAUGUAUAGUACAUUUGUUAAAAGGAUAUUAAGCAAAUACACGAUCUGUACGUUUGUUACGAGAUCACGCCGCUGCACUACGCGGGGGUGAUAUUCAGGUGAUAUUACUUGUCCCCCCUUUUUUUAAUUUCUUUUUUUCAGUUGCCCUACCGCGGAGGCCGAGCAUCCCUUUAAACCCUUUGCAUUCAGCGCAAAUAGUGAUUACAAAUCGUGGAUGUUCUCUCAUUGUGCAAGCUCCAAAAUAACGCGAUUAAACAUUAAAUGCCAAGAAAUCGGAAAGCUGACAAUGCGGAACGCUGAAUAAAUCAGGAAAACACCUCAGACAUUGUUGUCGACGAUAAUUACUUAUAGAAGCGACAUCAUCUGGCAACCGUACUGUAUUAAUAAUUAGCAUUAAUAAGAGCGACAAAGGAGUAGGGAAGGUCUUGGAGCUUAAUAUCAUAAGUUUAGAAUUCAGUGUAUAUUCCGAGAUGAGGCGUAAAUCCGCGACUUUAAUAUAUCAGAAGUUUGUGUAAUUAAGGCAACAGGAUUGCAGGAUCGGCUUUAGAGAAAAUUUAUGCGCGUUUAUGAGAGGCUUGCAGUAAACAUUUUUAUAGGAACUUAAUAGUUUCAGCUUCGCUUUUUCUGACUUAUUGAAUUUCUUCUACAUAUAGAUUUUAUCUGAUGGAACACGAGAGAAAUCUAAAGCCGACAUCGAGUUAAAUUAAAAUACUCAAAAGCAAUUCUCUCAUUUUCCAUUGUAUAUUAUUGACAUAUCAGUAUAUAUAUAUGUGUGUGUAUACGUUAGAAACAAACAGUUUGUUUCUCCUUGGUUAAGUUCUGAGCAACUAUACGUGCGUCAAGUUAGCGAAUUUUAAAACUUGCGAACUCGAUGUGUAUUUCGGUCUCCAAACCGUUUUAAACCUCUAAACAUAGUUAGAUUGCUAACAAAUAUCUCUAUUUCCACUUUUAUUUUGUUUAUGUUAUAUGAACACGAUUGAGAAGGAUUGAAGUAAUUUAUUCUUGCCGAAAUGAUAAAACAUUUGUAUUGUCAGAAUAUCUGUGUUUAUUAAUAAUUAUGAAUAUAAUACUGAUCUUUACCUUU